AUGGAGGAGCUAGAGCGCUGCCUUGCCUCUCUCGAUGGUGCGGCGUCGCCUGAUGUGCUUGCUCGGGCGCAGUCAGCUGUGCUUACGUUAAAACAGGAGCUGGACAUGCACAAGCAGGCAGCGGCGGCCAGGCAGAAAACUGGGCAGGACUGGCAGACCAUCGCCAGCGAGCGGGAGGCGGAGGUGGUGCGACUCCGUGCUGAAAUCAAUCGGAUGCGUCAGGCACUCGCCAGCUCUACGCAGGCCCACGAGUCCCAGGUGACCGAAAUUGCCUCUUUGCAAGCUCAGCUACAAGAGGCCCUGGCGCUGAAUAAGGCCCAGCAGCGCCAGGCAGUGGUGACCACUUCUGCGGUGGACGGUCCCAACGCGGAGAUCUACCGCCUGAGGGCCGAGCUGGAGGGCCGCACCGGACAGCUGCAGCGCGCGGAAAUGGAGCUGACAAACCAGAUGACCGCAGCGGCCACGCGACUCAGCGAGAUGCAGGCACGUGCUGACACCUUCAGUAAUAAGAUUGCGGACAUGCGGAGGAUGCACCAGCAGCAGCUGGAGCAGGCGGUGGCCGCGGCCAGGGCGGCGGCGUCAGCGGAUGCGCAAGCGCAAGCACGGACGGGGCCGCGGGCGGGCGCGGCGGCGUUGGAGCAGCAAAACGCACAGCGGCUGCAACGAGCUGAAGCGGAUGCGGCUUCUCUGCGUCAGCAACUAGAGACGGCACAGGCCUCUUGCACGGAGCUUCAGGGCAAGUUGAAGCAGGCACAAUCCGAAGCAGAGUCGUGUCGAUCGCAGCUGACGAGCUCGCAGUUUAGCGAGAAGGCUCUAAAGGCCCGGCUGAAAGAGGCACAGCAGCAGCAGCAGCAGCAGCAAAAGGAGCCGCCUCCAGCUCCGGCAGCUACGAAGGAGGUCGCGGAGGCGCCUGCAGUCGACAUAGGCAUGCUGAACAUGAUGGAGGGGCAGUUGGGACGGCUUUCGGACAUCAUUCGCGCCAGGGAGGGGGAGUUGGCGCAGAUGCGAGCGGCGUUGCAGGCAGGUUUGGACGAGCGACGGGAGCUGCUGCAGCAGAUCGAGGCGCUUCAGACUGCGCUGCUACAGGCGCAGCAGCAGCUACAGCUACAGCAGGCACAGCAGCAGCAGUACGGCAGCGCCCCGGGCAGCUCCAAUGGCAGCAUCAACGGUGGUGCCGGCGGAUUGGGCUCACCGAAGUCCUCAGGCGGCGCAGUGCCACCGCGGGGGCUGCCGCAUGUAGGGCCCAAUAAGCCACAUCGAACCGGGCUGCAGUCCAAGCCGCGGUUUUUCAAGUAG